AUGGGGGACGAGGGGAUAGGGGCCAGGGCGGUGCGGGCCCUCGGCACGGGCUUCGACCUCGCCUCUGACUUCCGGCUCAGGUUCGCCAAGGGCUAUCCCGACGGUGCUCGGCUGGUGCAGGUCGAAGCAGGAGGGGGCGCCAGAGACCUCACUGCCCCAGGGGGGGAGGUAAUUCGGGGAGUUCCUCGGGGCGUCGGGUGCGACAAAGGGGAGCGGCUCCGGUUUCAGUCAGAUGUGCUGGAGUUCAACCAGGUAUGUGACGAGAAGCAAGUUGAAUAGCGUCGGUCCCCUUCUGUGUCGUUCGUUGUUCUUCUCUUUUCCUAGUUACGGUUUUCGUCCUCGAUGAUCACGCACCAAUUCUUGCUGUGACGCUGACCGGUGAGUAGGUGAAAUCACGUUGUUCAGUCAAAAUUCGUAUGCUGCACAUAACUCUCCGAUGGUAGUUUCUGUUCUCGUAUGACAAUUCAGUCUCUGAAAUUUACAGUCAGCUGUAUAAUAUCUUACCGGUUCAUUUACUUCAUGUUUCCUGGUUCGAAGAACUAAGACAGAGAACAUGGCCCUCUCAGAAUCUAUAUAUAGAACUUGAUUAAUUUAUCUUCUACGGCUCAUAUGUUUAUAUAUGUAACUAUGAUGGCUAACGAGUUCAUACAACAUUUUUGGGAAAAUUUUCUCCUAUAAGGCUCAGUUGUAAAUACAUACGCGAGUAUAAUCGCUAAUGGAGAGAUGAAUUUAGAAAAAAAGGAGAUUCACUCUUCUUGUUUCGAUGACCACUGCUUUUAUUUAUCCAUCCGUGCUGGAACCAUGUGAAAUCUGUUAUAAAUCGCUUUGGGUACCCUUAUACGUAGCUCUCUGAUAGUGAAACCUCUUCAUUUCAGUUCCAAAUUCAGUUUCUUAAAUUUACAGUCAUCACCCAUUUUUUCAGUUUUUUGUGUUUAGUUGAAUCCCAUUCGCAGAAACUAAGAAAUAUGUCCCUUCUGAAUUAAAAAUUGUGUUGUAAAUAUCAAUUAAAAAUUUGUUGUUGGGAGGAUAUGUAGCUGAAUUUAGUGAAAACGUAAAUUGCGAACACCCGAUGCAAUAUGGAGGGGUGGAAUCUUCCAAACAGAAUAGUACAAUUUGUUUCUUAACGAAUUUAUAUGCAUUAAAAAAUAUUCUUAAUUUUUUGGAAGAAUGAUUACAAAAAAAUCAGCUACAUGAUCUUUUUAAAUGUAUUUUUUUUACAGAUAGAGAUAACUAGAGGGACCCUCCCAUGUUUUUUUCUAUGUUUAUAGACAGAUACUAGAGCCCAAGUAAGGGAAAAUGAUGAAAAUGAAGAAGGACUACGUGUGGAAUAUGUUUUUCUCUCUCUACGCCCCAACCCCCCCAUAACCACAACCCCACAAGCACACACACACACACACACACACACACACACACACACACACACACACACCCCUAACCCCUAACCAAACUCAGGGAAGGCUUCCCAAAGGAGUGUAAAAACUAUGGAGUCGUCUGAGAUUUGGUGGAGUCAGCGAGCUGACCAAUAGAAGAAAUAUGGAAAAUAGAUCAAGUGUGGGAUAGGUAAACCUGAGGAUCAAUCUCUAUUUAUUUGGGCCGGUCACAUGAGGCAAGUUUUCUGACAAUUCGAAGAGUACUCCACUCUCCACAGUAGACUAGACUCGAUUUCGUCUUGAUGUAUGGAUGGUGAAAAAUCAAGUCAUAUCUUACCAACUUCACUGUGGUUGGCACUACCAAAACGAGAUUAUGAUAAAAGUUAUUUUAAGCGUUUAUAUGUUUUCCAUUUAUAAAAGUACAAUUAUGCAAAUCUGGCUAAUUCAAAGGUUAGAUCAAGGACCAGAAUGCCAAUGAAUUGAAUCAGCUUGUGUAGAACGGAGCUCCUUGCGUUGAGAUGACAAGGACCUAGUUUCAGAAACGUAAAGGGUCUCUUAAUCAAUCCACUUGAAGAAAAUAAAUGAACAUAAGCAUCUCCUUUUUGGUAUAUUUCGUCAGUUAUUGUGAAUAAAAUCAUUUGGUCAACAAGGUUCUUCCAUGCAAAAUAAACGUUUGAGAUUCUUUUAAUCUAAUUAUUGAUUCGCGUGUUGAAAAAACCAUUCUAAAAUCAUUGUAUCGCGUAAAAGUUCUCUACUUUGUGACUUUAAGUACGCAACCAAUUUAGGAUAUGCAGCCGUCAAUUCUUGUCAAACUGAUGACAUGGGUAAGAAAAAAUGUAUGAGAAAACGGAUUGUUCAAUUUAAUAGAACCUUGAAAAAAAGUCAUAUCUAGCUUUCUUGUUUAUUGAUUAGUCCAUAUUGUCUUCCGGAGGAUUUAUGCAAUUGAUAUACAUUCAUUGUUAAUCGUAUUUCACAGUAUCCGUAUUUAUUUCGUUCACUUUCCAGAUGUCUGAGUUACUGAAUCAGAAAUCAUCAAUCCAAGGAAAAAUACCCUCGGGAUACUUUAACGCUCUUUUUGAGUUUAGCGGAGCAUGGCUUGAUGAUGCAAUGGACACCAAGUACCUUGCUUUUGAUGGCUACUUCAUUUCACUUUACAAUUUGCACCUGACUGCUUCUCCACUUGUUCUCCGAGAAGAAGUGAAAAAGGCAGUUCCUCCGAAAUGGGAGCCCUUAGGCCUUUCUAGGUAACAUAAUCGGACUAUUUUUUUGCCAAAAAAAUUGCUUCUUCUUCGCUUUUUGUUGUGUAGCAAUCACCUCUCUUGUUUCCUCACUAAUAUUCUAACUUAUUUUCCAGGCUAAAAAGAUGACUAAAACCAUGGAUAAGAAAAUAAUAUCAUAACAUUCUCUUGAAGUUAUUCUAACCAUGACCAUCCUGUGUUUCAUCCGGUCUCUUAAUUCUGACGAUGGCUUAUCUGCAUGAUACGUAUGAAUCAUUCUACGAUGACUUUUCUCCAUUCUUCUUGAAAAAAGUUGCUAAGUAGUGGAACUAAACAAAUAUCACUUUAUGACAUCCAUUUAACUUGUUCACAUCAAAGAACAUCAUACAUUUUUAUGCCUUGUAAAAUGACCUAUUUCAUAAAUUCAACACUCUCUCAUUUCAAAUUCAAGCAUUUCGUAAGGGUUAUGUAUUCUCAUCCUGCUAACUUUGCAGAAUCGUGUGUUUCCCAUCUUGUUUACCCAGAAACGAAAAAUAGUGACCUUUCGUCUCCUGGAUGCUAAUUCUCAAAUUAAUUCGUUUUCCAGGUUCAUUAAGACAUAUGGGACUCACAUACUAGUGGGAAUGGCUGUCGGUGGGCAGGAUGUCAUUUGUAUUAGGCAGAAACACAAAUCAUCAAUUCCUUCUACUGACCUUAAAUUACAUCUUGAGGACCUUGGAGAUCAUUUAUUCUCAGAUGAAAGGAGCCUUUCUCCCCUUCACGGGAAAACUAGAGAAGGCAAGCAGAAGGUACAUAACACUUCUCCUGGCCAGAAUUCCCUUCUUUACACUGCCACUAACUAAUAUUCCUGCCACUGUAGGUGCCUGAGGUUUUCCGCCAGAUGUUGCAGUCAAACAACUUAAACCUGGACAGAUACUCUGAGACCUCGAGUAAAGAUGUAAGACCAGCUCUGAUGAAGACUUAAGUUCAUCUACUUGAUCUACUUGACGGUGAAAAUUUUCAUAAACACAGGGCCUGGUCAUCAUUCGAUCAAAGCGAGGAGGAAACACAUACCUUAAUAGCCACAAUAAGUGGCUACAGACUGUUUCUACCACUCCAGAUGCUAUUUUCUUCAAGUUUGUUCCGAUUACUUCUCUUCUCACUGGAGUUCCUGGGAGUGGCUAUCUCAGCCAUGCAAUCAACCUAUAUCUUCGUUGUAAGUGGCUUGAUGAUCACCGUGAUGGGCAGCCGAAAGCAUGCCUUUUUGUGUUCAUACUAUCAUUCUAAGAACGUCUGCAUCAUUUUUUCAUCAAAUACAAGUGUCUCGUCAACAAAGACAGUCACCAAAUAAAUAACUUUUAGAAUUAUCUAUGAAUUAUAUGCCAAUAAUGGAUUCUAAUCGCUAGAUCUUGGGAUAGCCAAUUUUAUUUAGGCUUACAUGAUCCCGAAGUUUUGAGUUCAAACUCACCAUUGAACUUCAAAAGUUGCAACCAGUUGCAUCGGAUCAUAAACAGUGACCCGUUGUGUUUCUUUUCCUCUUCACAGACAAACCGCCUUUCGAUGAUUUACAAUAUUUUCUGGAGUUCCAAGUUCCCCAACAAUGGGCUCCCAUGUUUAAUGAGCUGGCUCUCGGACUGCACAGAAGACAGGUAUCCUUCCCCACGUUGCAGUUCCGAUGCUUCGGUCCCAAACUCGACGUCAACACCACUCAGGUAUUUGCUAUGAGAUCUCUCUCUCACAAUCUCUUUUUUUUUCUUUGUUUUUUUGCCCCAAUUUUUAAGAAUUGCACCGUGUGAAGAAUUUAUGAUGCCUUGAAAACUCUUGAAGAAUUUAUGAUUUAAAAUUGUUUCUUGUUCGUGAUUAAUUCCAAUCAGACCUAGUUCCUUAGGUGCUCGGCUUCUCAGUUAUUGUCUGGAGUAAUCUACUUUUUAAUCUUUAAUCACAUUGAUAGCUAAGAAUGUUCAUUAAGCGGAGCCAUCCACGCCAAGGAGACGAGGAUCACCCCCCAUUACGAAAAUAUUUACCCAUAUUAAUGCCUGAUAAUUUUCUUCUCGAACACAUGUUGGUCUACCGCUAUAGUCGGCAACGGGCCAUGGUGCGGCUGGCCACGAUACUGUGGCGUGGUCAACAUCCCCCCCUUCUUGGAUUACUAAUAAUGGUGCAAGCUGUACUAACAAUUUUCUCCACAAAAGUUUGUACUUUACUGCAUUUAAUGUGGUUCAUUGACUUUUCAAGACUUUGACUUGCGAGGUGACUUCUGCUGACCGCCUGGCUCUCUUGGGUGGCAGGUGUUGACUGACCUGAAGCCGGUGACCGGACUGCGGCUCUACCUGGAGGGGAAGAAGUGCAACCGGCUGGCUGUCCACGUGCAGCACCUCUCCGCCAUCCCCAGCAUGAUGGCGCGCGCGUGGUCCUCCGCCGGCGGCUCUCCCUCGCCGCUGUGCCGGUGGCGCGGCAACGAAGACGCCGACGUGGGCUUCCUCGAGCCAAUCCAGUGGAAGCGGUACGCGCACGUCUGCACCGCCUCCGUGAAGCACGAUCCCGACUGGCUCCGCGGCGGCGCCACCACCACACCCGGCGUGUUCGUCGUCACCGGAGCUCAGCUCGUCGCCAGCGGUCGCUGGCCGCGGAAGGUGCUGCAUCUCCGGCUGCUCUUCACCCUCCUCCCCGGGUGUGCCAUCAGGAAGAAGCAGUGGGCCGCCGCCCCCGCGGCCUCCCACAAGUCAACCUUUCUUACGAUGCUCAGCACCACCUUCACCCAGCGGGACCAAGGGGCGUCGCCAGCAGCCCCGGAGGCCCCCCGCCUCAACUCCGGCGUCUUCGCCGGCGGCCCACCGGUGCCCGUCCUCGCUAGGCGCCUUCUCCGGUUCAUUGACGUGGCCGAAGUCGUCCGCGGGCCCCAGGACGUCCCCGGCCACUGGGUCGUCACUGCCGCCAAGCUCGUGAAAGACGGCAAGAAGAUCGGCCUCCACGUCAAGUUUACUCUCCUCCACUACCCCACACCCCCUUAA